AUGUCGGAUUCCUCUAAACCCCCUUCAAUCCCCUCUUGGCAACGACAGCCUGCCUCGUCAUCUACGGAUCAAUCCCCGACUCAGUCAGAAUCACCUUCUCCAUCGCCGAGCUCCGACGUUGCGCCCGAAUCCACCUCACGAGAGGACCUCAUCAACCAAGCAGCCCGAUUCCUAGAAGAUGAAUCGAUCCGCGAUUCCUCCACUGAUCGCAAAGUUGCCUUUUUAGAGUCUAAAGGUCUCAACGCCGAAGAAAUCCAACAACUCCUCGGCGUUUCCCGAAACCUGGAGGCGACCAGCGGCAGCGCGAGCACAACCGAGGAUAAGGCCCAGGAGACAUCUGAGACCUCUCCCUCUUCAUCAAUCGUCGCACCAGAAGCUGCAAAUUCAUCUACUGAGACUACAUCAUCACCAUCCCAAGCCUCAUCCCAACAGACCACUAUGUCUCAACCACGCGCAUCCACCGCCACCUCCGCCUCUCCUCUCACAAGACGCGAUGAGCCUCCCAUCAUCACAUACCCCGAAUUCCUCUUCCAGCCAGCCAAGCCUCCACCACUAGUAACCAUGCAAAGUAUUCUCUACACAAUCUACGGCGCAGCAGGGCUUGGCGCUAGUAUCUACGGUGCAAGCCAGUACCUCGUGAAACCGAUGCUAGCGAAUCUCACAAGCGCACGUCAUGAGCUAGCAGAGACAGCACAAACGAAUCUCCAAAAGCUUAACGAGAAGCUCGAGCAAACCGUCUCUGUAAUUCCGGCCCAUCUUACCGCUCUCAAGGGAAAGUCUUCCAACGAAGAUACAGAGGAAGAUAAUGAUAGCGAAAGCAUAGCUUCCGAUCCUACGGAACUCUUCCAUCGCGAUAUCGGGACUCAAACUACACCCGAUGUUUCAUCUUCAUCUACAUCGCUAGAGUCAGCUUCGAAAGAAAGUGAUGCAAAGCCUGCUGAUGCGCCCGUGGUGGCAGUAUCGAACCACAUGAACAGGCUGGAGUCUAUCCAGUCGCAGCUAAAGGAAGUCAAUGAUGUCGAGAAGGAGUCAAGCACCUUGGAUGAUUCUUUACGAACAAGUUUGAAUGACCUGCAUCAUUAUCUUGAUGGCAUUAUUUAUGCCGCGCCGAGCUACGCUACUGGUGCUUCUUACGGACUUUUUUCUGGCGGCGCUAGUUCUGGGACGAAUGGGACCUCAACCGGGGUGCGGAAGUCGGAGGAAGAUGCCAUUGCGAGCUUCAAGGCGGAGAUUCGCGGUGUCAAGGGUGCUUUGUUGAGUGCUAGGAACUUCCCUGCUAGUCGGGGUGGUAGACCUGCAGGAUUUGCGGCUGGAGCUAGAUAA